GCUCACUCCCGGGGUGCGCGUGGAUACCUGUGACGUUAACUCCAGCGGCUUCCAGUGACCCGAUACCAUGUUGGCACCUGUUUUUAUGACCAUUUCCCUGGCCAUCAACGUUUUGGUCUUGGUGCCAGUUUGUUAUGGUCUCUACUCUGAUGGCAAGGGCAUGAAAGUGGUCUAUGGAGCGGAAACACCGGCCAGAGGGAUCCUGAAGGCAAUGUACACGUCAAUCCUGGUGAUGUCCUUGGCGCUCCUUCCCAGCAUUUUCAUUGAUGAAACCCGUGAUGGUGCUAGGUGGAUGUCAACAGCUCUGUUUCUGGUGCAAAUCGUCUACAAGUUUUUGACCCCUGCGACCACUACGGGUGGGGUGCCUCCUGGGAUGCCGGGGAAUCCAGCCGUCCUAGCUAACCUGGUCAUUGCCCUCUUUCACUGCAUCACUGUGGGCAUCUUUUUAGCCAAAGCCUAAGGUAGCAGAUGGGACAUGCUUCAGCGCGCGAAUGUGACUGCUCUCCUGCUGCCCAAACGGGCAGCAGUGGUUAGAUGUUGGGUGCAACAGUUAAGCCGUUGCCAGCCAUGUGUGGACAGGUUAUCGACCAGGCAACAGAUGACUCAAAGCUGGACUGCGUAGAAACUGGC